CGUCUGUGAAGGGACGCUGGGAGACCGGAGGAAUAGGAGCUGGCGGCGGCAGGGGAUCAGCGGCUCCCGCGUUCGUCCGACGCUCAACUAUAGCUGCUUCCAGGCAGUGGUGGUGGUGGUGGUGAUGAUGGCGGCGGCUGUGGAGCGAGGAGGCGUUCGGGCUGCUUUCCUGAACCCGGGCAGCGGCAGCAGCGGACCCGCACCGACGAUGCCCCCGACCGGAGCGCUGGCCGGGGCUGUGGUCCUCGGCUCUGGAUCCAGCAGUAUGCCCGUGCCCAUGAACCUCUUUGCGACCUGGGAGAUUGACCGAUCAUCUCCAAGCUGCGUUCCGAGGCUGUGCAGCCUCACACUGAAGAAGCUGGUCGUCCUCAAAGAACUGGAUAAGGAGCUGAACUCGCUUUCAAUAGCCGUCAAAAUCCAGGGCUCAAAGCGUCUUCUGAGAUCAAACGAGUACGUCCUUCCUCCCAGCGGACUGAUGGAGACCGACCUGGAGCUCACCUUCUCACUACAGUACCCACACUUUCUAAAGAGGGACGCCAACAGACUGCAAAUCAUGCUGCAGAGACGGAAGCGUUACAAAAAUCGAACCAUCCUGGGCUACAAAACGUUGGCUGUGGGCGUCAUCAAUAUGGCCGAGGUGAUGCAACACCCAACAGACGGGGGACAGAUUCUGGGUCUCCAUAGCAACGUGAAGGAGGCCCCGGUGCGCGUGGCAGAGAUCAGCGUGUACUCGCUCUCCAGCCAGCCCAUCGACCACGAGGACGGCAGCGGGCAGGCUUGCCGCAAGACCAAAACCUCAGACCGCUCCCCUGACAUGGAUAAUUAUUCAGAGGACGAUGAUGACAGCUACUCGUCGGAGCAGGAGGCCAGUGAUGACGCAGUUAAUGCCCAGGAUAUUUAUGAUGAAGAUGACGAAGUCCGGAAGCCCAAGAAACCCCGCAGGAAAAUGAUCAGAACCACCUCCAUGACCAGGCAACCUAACUUUAAGCAGAAAUUUGUUGCUCUGCUGAAGAGGUUCAAGGUUACAGAUGAGGUGCUAGACUCUGACCCAGUAGACCAGACCCAGGAGGUUGAGGAGGAUCUGGAUUUGCUCUAUGAUAGUCUGGAGGUGUACAACCAGAGUGACAGCGGGCCAGAAAUGGAGGACAACGAGAGUGUACUGAGCACUCCAAAGCCCAAACUCAAGCCGUUCUUUGAAGGAAUGUCUCACUCCAGCUCCCAGACAGAGAUCGGAAGCAUACACAGCCAAAAAAGUCAGCAGAGAGAAUUAUCCUGUCCUAGCGGAGACUUUCUGACUGUGGACAGAUGUAAAGUCCAGGGGAGCCGAUAUCAAGAUGACAGCAUCACAGAAACGUCUGUUGGGGUCUCGGAGCCAGAGACUGAAAACAGUGGAUCUGGAGUCGGGGAGGCAAACAGCUGGGAUGUCAACACUGAAAGAAUCCCCAGCACCGUCGGCAAGCUCUGCAAAACGGAGUCACAAAACCACAUGUCACCCAGUAAAGUGGAGAACAGGCUGCAGAGGCGUCCUCGCAGCACCUCCAUGAAAGACAGGCAGAACUCCAAGGCUCAGAGCGACAGGACCAGCAGCAUGGAGAGCGAGUGUUCCCCAGACUCCCGGCUUAUAGCGCAGGUUCCCAGGAAGUCUGUGUACGACCAGCUAAACCAGAUCCUCAUCUCAGACGAGCGUUUACCAGAGAGCAUCAUUCUCAUAAACACUACAGAGUGGCAAGGACAGUACGUGGCCGACCUGCUCAAUGAACAGGGCCAGCCCAUUGUCUCCACGUGCUCUGCUGCCGACGUGCAGGCUGCCUUCAACACCAUCGUUACACGCAUCCAGAGAUUCUGCAACUGCAACGCUCAGACACCACCGACAAUAAAAGUGGCCGUUGCAGGCGACCACAGUUACCUCAGCACCGUCCUGAGGUUCUUCGUGGAGCAGCUCGCCAAUAAAACCCCAGACUGGCUCAGUUACAUACGCUUCCUCGUUAUUCCCAUCGGUUCCCAUCCCCUGGCGAAGUAUGUGGCCUCCUUCGAUGGCCGCUUCAACAACAUCUUCAUGGACACGGCUUGGAGGGAGCUGUUCUGCAGGACGGAACGGCCCACGUCAGACAACAUAGAUGUAGCAGGAAGAAUUAUUCAGUAUCUAGCCGGUGCCAACGUGUCCCACCAGUUCCCCAUCUCAGAAGCCAUGCUCACCUACAAACAGAAGAGGAAAAGAAGUCUGUAUUUUGAUUUUUAUAUCAGCCCGGACGAGGAUUCCUGUCAGAAGUUUGUGCCAUUUAUCGGGGUUGUGAAAGUUGGAAUCGUGGAGCAAAGCCUUUCGACCUCAAUGGAUUCUGAUGAUGCGAUGGGAGGCAAUACCAGCAUCCUGUCUUCCCCGCCGCCCCCAUCGGCUGGCCCAUAUGGGAAGGAGAUUGGGAGUACCCCACCGCAGUCUCCCUCCGUGUCCACUGCCCUGUCAGGAGCUGGCUCUCCGUGUUCAGGCAGUGAGGUUAUGGGGCUCCAGGUGGACUACUGGACCUGGCAAGGCUCGGAGAAGAAGAAAGAGGGCGAGAAGAGGGACGUGGGACUGAAGAACACCCUCAAGUGCAACUUCCGGUCGCUACAAGUCAGCCGCCUGCCCUGCGGAGGGGAACUCACUCCUCCACCCAGCAUGGCCAUGACUGUGGUCACCAAGGAAAAGAACAAGAAGGUGAUUUUUCUCAGCAAGAAGCCCAAGGAGAAAGAGCUGGACUCUAAGAGCCAAGUGAUCGAUGGCAUCAGCAGGUUGAUCUGCACAGCCAAGCACCAACACACAAUGCUGAGAGUCAACAUUGAUGGCGUGGAGUGGAACGAUGUGAAGUUUUUCCAGCUCGCCGCCCAGUGGCCGACGCAUGUCAAGCACUUCCCGGUGGGAAUCUUUGGUUACACGAAGCCGGUGUGACCCCGCCAGGCCACCGUCCAGGCCAAGCACCAGACUCUCAGCUGCACUUGUCUUACCCAGAGGGCAAAGAGAAUUAUAUACAAACCCAACAGAACCCCCGGAAGUAAAAAGUAAAAGUUUUCCUGUGGAAAUUUUACAGACUUAAAACCACGUGUUCAGUAUACAACAAUUCAUGUCGUUUGUUUGAUGUUUUUGAUGUUGUUGGGUGUUGCUGUUUUGUUUUUGUUUUUUUUUGUUUUCUUUCUUUCUUUUUUUUUUUACACACUACAAAAAGAACAAUUUUGUAAGAUUUGUGGAUAUUUUGAGGUUUUCGACAAAUUGCCACAUUUCAGUAAUGGCAGCUGUGUUUGCACUUUGAUUUUUGUUAAACAUUUUAUUAUUUCUGUGAAAUCCUACAUUUAUUGUUACUCUAUAGACGAUGGAGGAGUGUGAUGGUGACGUGCAGUGGCGUGUGUGAGAUUGUUACAGACCGUGUUUGUGUUUGCUGUUGAAAGUUGGAAUAUUGCUGUGAAUCUAGAUGGAAACCUUCUCUUCUAUAACUCGGCUUUCUUACUCGUCCCUUUAAUUUUUUUGAAAAACUUUUGUAGGAAGGAGCGCAAAGUUCUUGUUGCCUUGUUGCUUUGAAGCACACUGAAGCAAAUCAAGACAAAAAAAAAAGACAUUGGAA